ACAUUGGGGGUUAUAAUGCGUCAACGUCACCGUCAACAACAAGUGUUUUUUUUUCAGCUGGCUGCAUGGAUGGCAGGAUUGAGGAUUCGGCUACCGACACGAUACAGUCAGUACCCAUCCACUGAUACCUGGUAGAUCCUCUACAUACUACAUUUGCCGACACCAGUUAUAUUGUUCCCAUCUUCCGAGAAUGUAUAACACUAAAGUAGAUGUAAUGGUAUAGAAGUGCAGAUGCCUUUGUGGUGCGUACUUGGUACCGGUACCCUGUAACCCAUACUGCACUGAAUCUGCAGAUGCUGUGGGUCGGAUCACAUCGGUGGUCUGAGCUCAGAAACUCUCAGAAACUCAGCGUGUGAAUCUGUCUCCUGGUCACGGCUCAUCACACCCCGACAAUAUCUCAUCUGAAGACUAAGUAGCCGACCUCUCCUACAAUCAAGGUCCUUAUUCUCACCAGGCUAUCGUCAUUGGCAUUAGGACGAGUAAUAACGGGGGAAGGAAAACUCGGUUUACUGAAUCGUUUCGGCCCAGGUACAGAGAGAGUACCAAGCCAGUCAGUCAUUCACUCACCGACCCACGGCACUCGCUGCUCAUACCUCUCACAUCUCAUCUUCAAGUUCCACGGCCCGCGCUCCAUGCUUUAAGCGGUCCUCAAAUUCCUAAAAUAGGUAGCAUUGUCCUUGAAACAUACAUUAGCCAACAUGCUUUCUCAGAGAUUGAUCAGGCAGAGUCCGCGUCUUGUGACCGCUACACACCUCCGCUACCAGCCGCUACCUAGACCACGGUUCUCCAGCACCGAAAGCAGCAAGACAAGCUCGUCAUCUGCUAUGUACGCCGGUGUAGUUUCGUUUGCUGCCGGACUAGGUACCGGGUGGGCGCUCUAUCGCAACGGAAAUAACGAGAAGCCCAUAACAUCAUCCUCAUCACCGGCUACAACCCAGACACCUCUCGUACCUCGCAUAAGCACCAUACAAACACCAGAUCUCAAUGAACUCGGUAUAAAGGACGAGAUAGCAUAUACUGCUCCGCCAACUCGAGACGAUGUCACAAAGCAGCUCAACGAGCACAAAUUUACGGUCCGCGGUGCACCGGGCGGGGUUGACCGCUACGACGGAGCACAACUCGCCUCCAACAGCCCAUGUGAAGACGCCUUCAUGCACGGCAGCUUCUCCAGCCCCUUUGGGGGCAGUGGCGAUGACAGAUGGAUGGCGUGGGCCGUAUUUGACGGCCACUGCGGCUGGCAGCUAUCUAAUCUGCUGAAGACGCAGCUCAUGCCGUUUGUGCGGCGGUCUCUUGCGGACGCCAACCCCGCUGACAAGAGUGAGGUUACAGAAGACGCCGUGCACCAGGCCUUGAAAAACUCGUUCACGGCGCUCGACGACGCUUUAGUGAAAUCCGCUACGGCCAUAAUAGAGAGCGAUCUGCCCUUCGCCGAAAAAGCUAGACGCCUCGAGCCCGCGUACGCCGGCGCCUGCGCUCUUCUCACCCUCUUUGACCCGCAAAGCCGGAAGCUACAUGUCGCGUCGACGGGAGACUGCCGCGCCGUUCUGGGCCAGAAGGCAGAGGACGGCAAGUGGGUCGCCACAGCACUGUCAACAGACUGCACGGGCGCGACGCCGUCGGAAAUAGAACGUAUAAAAGCGCAGUUCCCCGACGAGCCAAAUGUUGUUCAAGGAGGAAGGGUCUGGGGCUUACAGCCGUCGCGGACCCUGGGCGACGGGAUGUGGAAGUGGACAGCUACGCUCAAGCAGAAACUACGUCACCACUAUAACGGCCUGGCGUUGCCAUCAGCGACGCGGUACAAGGACUACAAGGAGGGGCCGUAUGUCACAGCCGAGCCCCUCGUCACGACGACGCAGAUCCCCAGCUCCAAAGAAGGACGGCCUAGUUUCCUCAUCUUAGCUACGGAUGGACUGUGGGAUACGAUGUCGAGCGCGCAGGCCGUGGAUCUCGUAGGGAGAUGGUGCGACCGCCAACAGAAAGGCGCACAGGCCGCAGAGCCAGAGAAACCCGCGGAGGACUUUGGCCCGGUUAUACUGGGCUGGAAACAGCAGUGCAAAUACGAGGAGCGCAAAGCGACGUUCCGCGACGACAAUGCCGCCGUCCACCUCAUGCGCAACGGCCUCGGCGGCGCCGACGAAGAGAUGGUUCGCGGCGCGCUGGCGUUUCGCUACCCGAAUUCGAGAGAUAUCCGGGACGAUAUCACCAUCCAGGUCGUCUUUUUCGGACCUGUAUAGACAGACGAUCGCGCAUUGCAUAUGAGAAUGACUAAUGCCUACGUGCCACUCGGACAAAGGCUCGUAUAAGCGAACUUGAUUUAGGUAUAUCAAUUUGAGCGAAUAGCAACGUUGAAUUCUAUAUGUCGGUAGAGAUGAGAGCAAAAGUGGUGGGACAUAAGGGACUAUAAAGACAAGAAAGCAUCAAUAGAGAUAUGUCGACAUGAGCCUGUAGGAUGACAUGCGAUGUUCUUGAUGCUAGU